AUGGCUGUGAUAACAACCCAAAGAAAAUGUGGAAAACAAUUAAUGAACUUACAAACAAACAGUCAAAAACCACUCUUAUAUCAAAAUUUGACUAAAAAACAUGAAAUUGCAGAUGCUUUAAAUUCACAUUUCAACGAAGUUGCAUCCCGCUUGGUCAAAAACAUGCCACAGAGCUCAAGGACGCCUGAGUCAUACGCGACUAGGCCCGAUACACAAUUUACGAUACAAAAUGUCUCAUUAACUAAGGUAUAUAAGUUGCUCUCUACAAUUAAAACAUCUUAAUCAGCAGGGCAUGAUAGAAUACUCGGUAACUACUUCUAAGAGACGCUGCUGAAAUAAUAGCACCAUCACUAACAGCAAUCUUUAACGCAUCUACAGGGUGUAUCAAAAAAGGAGACCUUUAGAAAUCAAGCUUAUUGUUAAAAUUUGAAUGCCAUUUCAAUUGCACAUAUGCUGAACCGUGGUGCGUGAAAUAUUGAUGGAGUGCAUACAGGGUGUAUCAAAAAAAGCGCAACCUCGAAAUUUCCCAAGAAAUCGACAUUGUUUUAAAGACAAAAGAUUUUAGGCGCCUGGGAAUUUAAAAUAGCAUAACUGUCAAAAUUACUGCACACGCGAGUGCAUAAAACAAAAUUUAUGCAUUUAUUUAAUGCACAACCGAACAGUAAUAUGAUCUAUUAGCAAUUCGAUUUCAAUUCCCAGGGGCCUAAAAUCUUUUAUGCUUAAGAAUUGCAAAGUGAUUUCUUGGGAAAUUCCGAGGUUGCGUUUUUUUUUAUACACCCUGUACAGUAUAUUAGAAAAAGGAGACCUUUAGAAAUCAACCAUUGUUAUAAUUUGAAUCCUGGAGCACUUUGCUAAGCCAACGAGUGCGUAACAUGCGAUCUACGUACAGUAUGCAUGGCAGAUUGUUCCCAGGAGCAGACAAACUUUUGUUUAAACGUUAUUUCAAAUUCUAAAGGUCUCCUUUUUCUAAUAUAUGCACCAUCAAUAUUUCACGCACCACGUUUCAGCAAAUGUGCAAUUGAAAAGGCAUUCAAAUUUUAACAAUAUGGUUGAUUUCUAAAGGUCUCCUUUUUUUUAUACACCCUGUAUAAACACUGGUAUAUUUCCUGAAGAUUUCAAGAUUGCUAUUAUUUCUCCAAUUCAUAAGGCUGGAAGCAAAACUAAUUGCGAUAAUCAUAGACCAAUCUCGGUUCUAUCCUCAGUUGCUAAAAUAUAUGAGAAAUUAGUUACAGAGCAACUAGAAAUUUAUCUUGAAACUAAUCACAUACUUGUGGAACAACAAGCAGGAUUUAGGAAAAAUCACUCUACACAAACUUCUCCACUUAACAUCACAAACCAAUGGCUAAUGAAUAUGGAUAAGGUUUGUUAUGGUUUGUUAAAUGGAGUGAUUUUUUUGGAUCUCAAGAAAGCGUUUGACUGUGUUGACCAUAAUAUACUGUUAAAAAAAUGCAUUGUUAUGGAAUAAGAGGUCAUACGCUUGCUUGGUUCCAGUCCUAUCUUUCUAGCAGGAUUCAAAUAUGCAAGGUAGAUCAAACGAUGUCCAAAACAAGAACAGUUAAAUGUGGAAUACCCCAAGGUUCUAAUCUUGGGCCACUUCUGUUCUUAUUAUAUAUAAACGACCUGCCAAAUUGCCCGACCUCAUCUUCAGCAAGCAUGUUUACCGAUGACACAAAUAUUUCAACCAAUGGCAAGACAAAUGACGAACUACAAGAACGCAUUAACGUGGACUUAGAAAAUGUACACCAAUGGUUACUUGCAAACAAACUUACACUUAACAAAGAUAAAACUGAAUAUAUGAUUAUUGGCUCAAGACUACGAAUUUCAAACUUAGUAACGGACCCUAAAAUUGAACUUGGUGAAUCAGUCAUGAAACGGGUUCACAAAUAA